AUUCCUUUUAAACGAAGACAAAAUUGUAUAACCGUGCGUGAUUCAAGUUCUUGAGAUCAUAAAAUCAUUCUUCAGUAAUUUCCGCUGACACGACUUCGUAUGGAUAAGGUCAGCCUAUGUAAGUGCGGAUCGAAGUUGAGGUCUGCUGGCAAUGCAGAUAGCAAGGGGAUCAUAUAUUACCAUGAAGUUCUGCCACGACAAAAUUCAGCACAUAAAAGUGAGCCGUUUUUCUUCUGUCCCCCUCAGAUUGAUUUGAUCCCAUAUCACGUACUCACAAACAAUGCAUUUCUCCUUUAUUCUCACUAUUGUUGCUGCUCUGACGGUAACAGUAUCUGCCAGUGACGCUGAUGGUAGAUGUCCCAAUCUUUGCAAUGAGGUCAGCUGCUGCACUGGUCAGAAGUGCGUGCCGACAUUCGUCCAAGCGCUUGUGAGUAUCAGCAGUUUAUGUCCUGAAUUCGUCCACAAUACUCACCAACGUGAUAGAAUACAGUCGUCGAUUAUUGUGAACCUGAGUGAGUUAGUAGUAUGUCACAACAGUGAAUUACAGUGAGUCGUAUUUCUGCUUUCGCAUUGGUGUAGUAUGAUUGAUGGCACGACGCGUGGGCACUAGUUCGUUGCAGAGUUGAUCGAUUGUAUUUGCUUCUGAACAAGUUUCGCUGAGCAAUGGAGAUCUUGAAACAAACAGUUGAAUACAUACG